CUGAUCAUCACACUGCAUCCCCCCAUCCUCUCCUCCAUUCCACAAUAUGCCUGCUUGCUUUCAGAGGAUGGAUCAGUCUUGUGAUACAGUGUAUCUUCUCAGUCUCUCUAUUAAACAGCUGCACGAUUAUCCCUGUAGGUUUGUCCUAGCCAUCAGCUGUGCAGCUUAGCAAAGCACCAUUAAGAUAUUGUUUGUUGAUGAAGAAACACCUGCUGGUUUAUCAGGUGAGGAAUGCACUGAGAGAGGGGACUAGACUGGACACUAGAAGCUGCUGCAGGUACUGUCUGCAAUCACUGGCAGAAUCCUCUCCAGCCACAGAUUGAGGAGAGAGAUGGGAAGAUGGAAUGAUUUAGAAUGAAGUUUGCUGUUUGCUUUGGGUUUGCAACCUCAUAGAAGAUUCACUAGGACUGAUCAGAUGAUACAGACUGUAAGUGUCCUUUGCUGAGAAGAGAACAUCUUCCGGUCAUACAAUGAAGGAGGAGAACUUUCUUCGACGUCGGUUUUCCCUCUGUCCCACAGCACUUACCCCUCAGAAGAAUGAUGCAAACAAACUGACACGAAACUCAUCCUUUGGAGCAGAUGAUAUAAGUCCAGGUGAUACAGGAAAAGAGAUGGACCCCAACACCCUAUCAGUUAUGAAAGAUGAUAUUAUCCAGUUACCAAAUUCAACUAACAAGAUUGAUAACAAACUUUGCAAUGGACCAGACAAAGAGUGUUUAUCUCCCACAUCUAAGACGGCUAAAAUGGACACUCUCAAGGUGCAGAAGAAAAAUUACAGACAAGAAAAGAAAAGAGCGACCAAACAGCUAUUCAGUGCUUUAAAAGACCCCAGUGUGGUCAUUGUAGCAGAUUGGUUAAAGAUCCGUGGAUCACUAAAGAGCUGGACGAAACUAUGGUGUGUCCUUAAGCCAGGAUUACUUUUAAUAUAUAAAACACCAAAGAUUGGUCAGUGGGUUGGAACGCUAUUGCUUCAUUCCUGUGAACUGAUUGAGAGGCCUUCAAAAAAAGAUGGGUUUUGUUUCAAAUUAUAUCACCCGCUGGACCAGUCAAUAUGGGCAGUCAAGGGCCCAAAAGGGGAGAACGUGGGGUCCAUUACGCUUCCUCUGCCUAGCAGCCACUUAAUAUUCAGAGCUUCGUCAGAAUCUGACGGUCGCUGUUGGAUGGAUGCCCUUGAAUUGGCUCUCCGAUGUUCCAGUCUAUUUAAGCUUAAUAUGCCCAAGCAAGGGAAGGACAUUGAUGCAAUAUCUUCGCCUGAUGUCAACCACACCAGCCUUUAUACGUUGCUUCAAACGGCAACUGUGUCUGAGCAAGAACUCUUCCAGCUUAAUGAACCUUUGCCAGAAAAUGAUGCCUUUUCAGAUAAGUCAGAGAAAGAUACCAUUGAAGAAUCCGAAAAUGAGCAUAGCCGAAAAACUAGCGAAAGUGACCAAUCAGAACUACACGGAGAGAUCUCUCUUGACCGGGAGGGUACAACAUAUAUGGAAGAGAUCUAUGAGGAGUUCGGAGAGAUUGGUGAAGCAUCGCAAACAGAAAUGGUAUCCGAUGAAAAUAAAAGUUUGAUGUGGACAUUGCUAAAACAGAUGAGGCCGGGGAUGGACCUUUCGAGGGUUGUCCUACCGACGUUCAUUUUGGAGCCACGCUCGUUCCUGAAUAAACUUUCUGAUUACUAUUAUCACGCUGAUAUACUUUCCCAAGCUGCAGUUGAAGAGGAUGCCUUUUGUCGAAUGAAACAAGUUUUGAAAUGGUAUUUGUCUGGAUUUUAUAAAAAGCCAAAGGGGAUAAAAAAGCCGUAUAACUCAAUCCUUGGCGAAAAAUUUCGAUGUUGUUGGUUUCACCCUCAGACGAACAGUCACACCUUUUAUAUAGCAGAACAGGUCAGCCACCACCCUCCCGUGUCUGCCUUUCACGUCAGUAAUAGGAAGGAUGGGUUCUGCAUUACAGGGAGCAUCCUGGCCAGAUCGAAAUUUUACGGCAACUCCCUUUCUGCGAUAUUAGAUGGAAAUGCAAGGCUUACAUUCCUAACUCGAGAAGAAGAUUACACCAUCACCAUGCCAUACGCUCACUGCAAAGGUCUUUUAUAUGGCACCAUGACAAUGGAGUUAGGAGGAAAAGUUACUAUCAACUGCCAGAAAACCCAAUAUUCAACGGAACUGGAAUUUAAACUAAAGCCUUUCUUUGGUGGUAGUGAAACCUUAAAUCAGAUAUGUGGAAAGAUCACAGCUGGAGGCGAAGUUCUGGCAACGCUCGACGGACACUGGGACCGAGAGGUUUAUUUGACGGAGGUACGGAGCAGCAGCAGGGAUAUAUUUUGGAAUCCAACUUCUGAGAUUCGAAGACAGCGACUGAAACGACAUAUUGUGCUUUUUGAAGAACAGACAGAGUUAGAAUCGGAGAGAUUAUGGCAACAUGUUACAAGUGCGAUAAACGAUGGUAACCAACAGCAAGCAACUGAUGAGAAAUAUAUCUUAGAGGAAGCUCAAAGGAAGGCAACACGGGAGCGAAAGGAGGCAAAUAUAGAGUGGAGCUCCCAUCUCUUUGUCUAUGAUGAGGUUUUGAAAGAAUGGCAGUAUAAAUAUGAAGAUAAGAGGCCCUGGCACCCCCUGACUGAUAUAGCCCAAUACGAGAAAGAUGGGGUUCUGCAAACUGUGAAGAGAAACAUUACCAGCAUGUUGGCUCCAAGGAAGAUCCCACAACACAAGAGGUCAACACAAGAUGGCAGACGGCGCAAGGCCAGUGAGCAACCUUCAAUUAGCAGUCAGACUACAGAGAGCAGCUGUUCAACCCCAGAACCAGAGAACGAUUCUUCUGAUGAUGAAGGUUUUGCUGGACCCUGCUCUCAGUGUGGAAAAGAAAAACAUGAACUGAGACAGAUCCAGGCGGCUGUCUUAUCUUUACAGAAAACACAGCAAGACAUUCACAGAAAUCUCAAUACAUUGACGAGUCACGGAUUUCUAACUUCGCGCUCGUCAUCGGAUGCUUCCCUUCUGAAUUUGCGACACUGGCUGUUUCUUUGCCUUUUCCUUGCCUGCCAACUUUUCAUUAACUUUGUUUUUAAGUAGCAAAGGUUACAGUUGCAGCUGACUUGACUUUCAUUUAACCCUGUCCUCACCUCAAUGGCUGGCAGCAUCAACAAAGGGUUAACGCAGCUCCAACAGACAUUUGAUUAUGUGCGGCUGUAUACAAGAAGCAUGAGAUUUUAAACUCCCCACCCCUUCAACGCCAGGCUGCUAAAAUAUAUUGUCCAACCUGGAAUGCACAUUACAUUACUUAGAAUACUGGGUGAAUGCACUAAUGGCGAAAUGCAUUGGUCAACUUAUUGACUGCCAAAGUUGACCUUAUUCUGUAUAUUUUAUUUGUUGUAUUUAUCUGUUACACUCAUCUACUUGAAAGUUUACUGUUUAUUUGGCAUAUUUGCUUUGGGGGAUUAUCACUAUUACAGUAAAUUGUGGUAUCUGAUUUACAGAA